AUCGAGUGUGUAAAUUAGUUUUUUACGCCUCAUCCGAGGUGCAAACUUAUUUUUGGUUUCUUGUUGAUAUCUUCAAUUUCUUAAAAUAUGAAUCACCAUCUAUAUUUAGUUGCAUUCACAGUGAUCUUGCUGUAUUUAACGAGUUGUAGCACUGGCGUUGUGAUGAUGACUAACUAUCCUGUUUCAACUGCAGUCAUGGGCUCUGGAAUCAGUGAUACUACUGCUGGAAUGGUAGCAUCAAUUUCCAAUGAAGUUUAUGCUACCAAAUCAAACUCCAUUAAUAUUGAAGCUACUACCGCAUCAAGCACAAUCAGGUCCGCUAAAAAUGUCAUAGCAUCCAGUACAAUGAUGAAUCCACUUCCAUCUAUUUCUCCUACUUCAAAUAGUCGACCACCUUCAACAUGCUUUGAGCAAGUGGAUCACAUUUUGAUUGAACUAGGAGGACUCACAAACAAAACAGAUGAGGAAAUAUUGGAUGAUUUCUGUGACAUAACAAUUACAACAGCAAACUCCUAUUGCCGUCGAAAUUGGACAGCUAACUGUCAGCUUCCAUCUGGAUUCACUGGGGAGUAUAACCUCAAUAACUGUCAUGCAUGUUACAAAAAAUUGAGGGCAAAAGCAGCAGUGUCUUCAUCUUUGCGCUACUUUCUCACACAACCAAAUAAUGCCAACUCUGUAUUGAAUUUUAAUGCUAUGUUGACUAUAGCAAGGCAAGCUCUCCCAGCAUUUGAAGCUUCUACAGGUCUCACAACACUCUAUGUAUCAUCAUUCAAUGCAAACCCACCAACAAGACAAACUCCAAGUGAACAAGUUCGCAAUAGCUUGAAACUAUUUAUCGAACUUUGGGGAAUACUUGGAGGAUUGAUAUUGGCUUGUGCUAUUGUUUUGAUAAUUUUCAGCAUCAUAAUUGCAGUGGCAUGCUGCAUAAAGAUGAAGAUGAAAAAGAAGGAGAAUCGUGUUGAACCAAAUAAAAAUAAAAAAGCAAAGAAAGGUUCUAACUAAAAUAUAAAUAGCUAGUGAUGUAGUGAAAACUUGAGUGACAUUUUAGAUGAGCUAGAUUCUAUUUCUUUUUGACUAAAAUAUAAAUAGCUAGUGAUGUAGUGAAAACUUAGAUGAUUUCUUUCUUUUAAUGAUAAAUUUAGUGUUAAUAACCAA